AUGGAAAUAAUCGACAGUGAUUAUGACAAUGUAUUGAAAUGUGCUGAAAAAUGUGGAGCUGAGAUUCAGCCAUAUUUGCAGCGACGAUUGGAUAUCGAGUUAGAAAUUUGUGAACGACGACGUGAAGAAUUUCGUUUGGUUGAACCAUGCGAAAAACAACAGGACGGUGAUAGGAUUGGUCGAUGUAUCAGCGCCUGUCAUUACCCUUCAGAUACAUCAUUAGUGAUUGUCAACCUGACAGCCUACAAUCCGCAGUUAAACUCUGACGCUGAAAGAUGCAGUUCCGUAAAAUGUGUCCUGAAAUGUUCAAUCUCCAGUUUGAAUAAUGACUGUCCUGGUUCCGGAGCAAUAUUUAAGAAAGUGGUUAGAACAGCAGUAAGUAUAAACUUAGAGCACAUAAACGAGUACAUCAAAAACAGCACAGAAUUUAAAGACACCGAAAAUUUAGUGGCAUCUACAGAUCCUGAAUGUCGCUUCUUUGUAGACUUGGACAAAUUCGACAGCAUGUAUCCGGACGAUGAGUCAGGAGCCGGAAUGCCAACCGAAGUAGCAAAUGUAGAAGAAGUUGCGCCCACAACACCGGAAAGUAAUCCCGGCAAUACAAAUAUUAAGCCAGUAUUUGGAGAACCAGACGAUAAAAUGAGCACUAGAAUUGUUGAAAUUGCUAUUGAACCAGAAACAGUAACACCAGUAACUUCAACAAAUGACGACACAUUGUAUUACUUUUCAUCAGCCACUGAAGGCGCAGAAACGACUGUAACAUCAAUUCCCGCAAUUCCUGACGUACCAGGCAUGGAUGAUGGAGAUCAGGCAAUCCCCGACUCAGUACCAGGAACUCAGAAUAAUGAUGAAAAAACACAGCAAAACGUAGAACCCAGCCAGGACGUUUUACCUGCAGCAGAUGCGCCUAAUUUCACACCAGCAGAUACCAAAGAAAGUGGUGAGACUACAGUCGAUCUUAGUCAAAAUACAAUUCACAUCAGUGAUGACGAAGCUGAAAAGAACAAAAAUGUUUUGGAAAACGUUGCCAGGCCGAUCAGUGGAGCACCAAGACAACCACUUGAUUUCUUCCUUCUAAUAACGCUGUUUUAUGCGAUACUCUUCCUGCGUACUUAA